AUGUUUGGCCCUUUGUUCUGCACUCGUCCGUGUGUCCGGGUACGUGACCUCAUUAGCAGUCCCUCGGGCCGUGGGUCUGGCGGCCGGGUCUCCUAGGGUGCUCCGGCUCCCCAGUCCUCCCCUGCACUUCCUCUGGGCCGGCCCGCCCCCCUUGAAGUCUCCCCGGCUGAUCCGGUUCCCCGGCUGAUCCAGUGUGCCUCCUCCUCUGUCUCCUCCUCUCUCUCAGGCCGCAAGCACCGUCGGAGCCCAGAGGCCAGCACUGUGAAGGUGACCGCCCUGGGCAGGAGGGCGAGGGCCCCUGUGAGGACGAUGGCUGGCCCUCCCCUGUCCAAGGCCCGCAUCCCCGCAGUCACCUUAUGGCUCCUGUGUGCGCUCUGCCUCCCCGGCACCGAGGCCGGGCCGGCGCCCACGCCCCCCGCGGAGCCCGAGGGAGCCGCCUGCCUGGACCGCUUUACCCCCGGGGUACCCGCUUUUGUGCUUGACACCGAUGCCUCGAUCAGCAACGGGGCCACCUUCCUGGGCUCUCCCACCGUGCGCCGCGGCCGGGACUGCGUGCGCGCCUGCUGCACCACCCAGAACUGCAACCUGGCGCUGGUGGAGCGGCAGCCCACCGGCGAGGAGGACGCCGUAGCCUCCUGCUUCCUCAUCAACUGCCUCUACGGGCAGAACUUUGUGUGCAAGUUUGCGCCCAGGGAGGGCUUUGUCAACUACCUCACAAGAGAGGUUUACCGUUCCUACCGCGAGCUGCGGACCCACGGCUUUGGAGGGUCCGGGUUCACCAUGCUCUGGGCAGGCAUAGACUUGAAGGUACAACCCCAGGAACCUCUGGUGCUGAAGGGUGUGGAGAAUACAGAUUGGCGCCUACUGCAGGGUGACCCGGAUGUCAGGGUGGAGAGGAACAAUUUGGACCAGGUGGAGUUAUGGGGACUCAAGGAAGGCACCUACCUGUUCCAGCUGACCUUGGCCAACUCAAACCAGCCAGAGAACAUGGCCAACAUCACAGUCACUGUUCUUUCCACCAAGCAGACAGAAGAAUAUUGCCUCGUAACCAAAAAGGUGGGCCGCUGCCGUGGUUCCUUCCCCCGCUGGUAUUACGACCCAGGAGAACAGAUGUGCAAGAGUUUCGUUUAUGGAGGUUGCUCGGGCAACAAGAACAAUUACCUUCGGGAGGAAGAGUGCAAGCUAGCUUGCCUCGAUGUGCAAGGUCCCUCCAAGGAAAGGCAUCACACAGAGUGCUCUGGAACCUGCCACCCCACUGAGUUCCACUGCAGCGAUGGCUGCUGCAUCGACAGCUUUUUGGAGUGUGACGGCACUCCUGACUGCUCUGAUGCCUCCGACGAGGCCACAUGUGAAAAAUACACCAGAGGCUUUGAAGAGCUCCAGAACUUCCAUUUCCCCAGUGACAAAGGGCACUGCGUGGACAUGCCAGACACGGGCAUCUGCAAGGAGAGCAUCCCUCGCUGGUACUACAACCCCUUCACUGAACACUGUGCCCGCUUUACCUAUGGCGGUUGUUAUGGAAACAAGAACAACUUUGAAGAGGAGCAGCAGUGUCUUGAGUCCUGUCGUGGCAUCUCCAAGAAGGACGUGUUUGGUCUGCGGCGGGAAAGCCCCAUUCCCAGCGCAGGCUCCGUGGAGACGACCAUUGCAGUGUUCCUGAUUGUCUGUAUCGUGGUGGUGGUGGCCAUCCUGGGGUACUGCUUCCUCAAGAACCAGAGAAAAGGCUUCCACAGAUACCGCCACGGCCACCGCCACCCCCCGCCCUCUACCCCUGCCAGCUCCACGGUCUCCACCACUGAGGACACAGAGCACUUGGUCUAUGACCACACCACCCGACCUCUCUGAGCCCGGGGCUGCCUUGGCCUUUUGGCCUAGGGCUCUCAUGGGCUCUUGCCAACUCUCACCUGGCCCUGCUUCCUCCUUACCAAGAAGGAGGCCUGGACCGGGAAAGAUUUUGGGGCCAGACCCCUCCUGCCUGUUUCCCAGGCCUCUCUGCCUCAGAGGCCAGGGCUCUAGCCCCUCUCAGAGAUGUCUCAGCUAAGCUCGGGCCACUUGUUCCUGAGAAAACUCUAGUGUCUGAGAGGAGCAGAAAACCUUUGAGCCAGGAGUUCUACAUAUAGAUGGCCCUGCCUUGCCUAGGAUUUAAGAGGAAGUUGGAGGUUUGUUUCCUGUUCAGAGCUGCUGCCCUGCACCGUGCGGUUGGGAAGGGGCCUGAGCAGUGUCAGAAGCUGGAGGCCCACCCCUGUCCUCCAGAGCCACCCCUCCUGCUCUGCACAGCCCAGAGCUGGGGUAAGGAGCUCCCUAUAUAUUUUGUGCUGUACAGAGUUGCUUAUUGUUUAUUUAAUACUGUGGGGGUAGGUGAGAGAUCGAUGGACAGUGGUUGUCUGGCCUCUGCUGCUUCCUGUCCUUCUCCCGAGAACAAGCCCCAGCUUGGCCUGACCUAGCACAUGGAGCCAGAGCUGCUGUAUCCUCCCAGCCCUCCCCAGGGCUCCCUCGGACACCGCACCCCUGCCAGCUCCCCCGCUUCCCAUAGGCCCCAGUCCACCCACAGUGUAAUAAAAUGGUUUGUUCUGUGAGGCUUCCGCCUCUGCUCUGUGGGCCAGGAGAGGGACCCAGCUCAGCUUCUGGGGGGAGAUGUGACUGCCCAGUCCAACCGGUUCAGGCUUUGGCCACCCUGUUUAGCAGGUUUUCCCACCCUUCCCGAAACUGCCUCAGCCCCUGAGGGUGGAGAGAAGUGCCAAGUUUGACCACCAGAGGGGAGGGGUAGGAGGGCCACGGGAGUAGGGGGCCCAGGGAAGCUGCAGUGCUGCUCUGUCGUAUGUCUUUGUCGCUGGAGCAAGUCUUCACUACAGUGUGUAGUUGAAGACAGGAAGUGUGGGCACGCAGACUUGAGCCCUGGUUCUUGUCUUCACUCCCUUUGGUGUGGGGUCUAGGGA